UAGAAAAACAAAUAAAGGAAAUGAAAGCAAAAAUGUUAAACUCGACAAACCACGAAAACUAAAUAAGGCAAAACGGAAACGUAAAUAAAGCGCACAAACAGAAAAUAAUGAAAUCAAAUACAAAAAUAAAAAUAGAAAAAGCAGUGCGAAUACACAUAUGUAUGUAUGUAAGUGCCAAGUAAAAUCUGCGACGAGUUGCAACAAAGAAAAGUGUGCCAGAAAAAUAAAUUGUUGCAAAACAAAACUUACCACUUCUGAGUGCAAAACUUUUUAACUUUCUACACCGAACUUUGUGCGCCACUCGAAAGUGAAAGUUUGACUUUUGUGAAUUGCGUGAAACUUCCUGCAUACUUGAAGGCGCACAAGCAAGCCAAACUUUAAAAUGAAUAUGUCACCCUGCGAAAUGAACUGUUGCGCCGUCGCAGCGUCGCCACCGCCAGCAUCCGUUUUACGUUGUACUGAUGCAGAGCGGCUUUUGUCUCUAGUUGCCUGCCGGCGCGAUGCCACAACAAAGCAACAGUUGUCUGACGUGGAGCAGCUGGCGGCACAGAGACACAAACGACGUGGCAGCGCUGAACGUGAAAGUCCAACAACGCAACGAAAAAGCGGCUCAUCCUCACCCCCAUCGCCAGCAUUAGCACCACAUAUGCUGCCAACACCGCCAGCUGCGACGCCGACGCCGACGCCAACGCCGCCAUUCUUAAUACCCGCUGAUUUCUACAAAAGUUUACUAGCCAGCGCAGCGGCAUUACAGCAACAGCAACAUCAGCGUCAACAGAAGCUGUUGGAGCAGGAACAGGAGCGCAAGCCCUCUACCGCCAUCGUUCAACGCUACCCGCAACAUUCGCAUUCACCCAACGCCACACAAUUCCCACGAAAUUUGUUCUUCUCUGCUGCUGCGGCGGCGGCGGCGGUCGCAGCCCAACGCAGCACAGCUGCUGCAGAGCUGCUUGCCGAGGCGACUGGCGGCGAUUCGAAUGGCAGCACAAGUGGCAGUAAUCAUAAACCCAGCAAUUAUUCGUGGCCCUUAGCGGCCAUCACACCACCAGCGGCAGCGAGUGCAACAACCGCGCAAGCGUUAGCAACAACACCUACCAACUCUGGCGGUAACACCAACAACAACAAUCAGUCAUCACAAAACCAUCUUUCCUUGCAACCGGCCUCUGGUGCUGCCACACCAACGCCACCCGUCGGCGGGAUAGAUUUGCAUGCAACGGUCGGUGAUGCAGAGGCGCACAAUUUUAACGGCACACUAAAGUCACCCGAUCAACAACAAGCGUCGGCGUUACACUCACCUUCGUCCCAACACCAACAGCAACAGCAACAACACCAGCACCAACAGCAGCAACACCAUCAACACCAAUCCACAGUUGCGAGUCAGUCGCAACAACAACACUCACACACCCAUCAGAGUUUGCAUUCCUCUGCGUCGACGCCCAGUUCGCCCACAGCGGCUAGCGCAGCUGCAGCAGCAGCAACAGCGGCCGCAGCCGUAGCCGCCAGUAUGCCUAUCGGCGGUGUUCAGGGGCAAAAUCCCACGCAGGGUUUGGUGCAUUGGAUGAGUGCCGUUAUGGCCGAGCAUAUGACUGGACAAACGCAUCACGACCCGACGGCAGUUGGCAUGCAUUACAUGUGGAAUGGCAAUGUGGAUUGUGGACAACAUGGCAAAGAAAUAGCCGAUUAUAAUGGUUGGCCUUCGACAGCAGCCACACGCAGCCAUAUGUCGGCCAUCAAACAAGGAUACGAGGCGAAGAUGAAUGAUCACCACAGCAAUUUGCAAAAAGGUGAAGAUCAAAAUGAAGAUGGGAAUGGAGGUGUAUAUAAAAAUGAAGUGCAAGAUGCAGAAGAAGAUGUAAAUGCAGAUGAAGGUACAGGUGAAGAUGAAGAUGAUGACGAAGAUGAAAAUAACGAUGAAGAUGAGGAGGAUGAUGACGAUGACGAUGAAGAUCAAAUUCAAGAUUAUGUAGAUCAAAGUUAA